AUAGGGGCUCAAUAUGGCGGGAAAAUGUCCUUAUAGUCCUUACCACAUAUAAAAUCCCUAGCCCUCUGCUUCUCCUCUCUCUCUUCGAACCCCUCUCCACUGCUUCAAUCUCACACCCACAUCAUCAUUCUCGUCUAUCUCUGAGUGCCCUAAGACACCUCCCCCAACAAAUUGGUACUUUUUCUCGAAAACUCACUUCCCCAUUUCGUCUAGGGUUUACUGUUCUAGAUGGACAGUGCGUUUGAGGAUGAGGCUGAACACACCGUUUCAAUCCAAGAGUAUCUCAAGGAUGUUGAGGAUCAGGAACUGGAAGCUGAUUUGGUUUUGGGAGGCGAUGAAGGCAAGGAGUGUACCUAUAAUAAUGGUUACAUGAAGAGGCAAGCAAUUUUCUCAUGCUUGACUUGCACCCCAGACGGGAAUGCAGGAGUUUGCACAGCUUGCAGUUUGUCUUGCCAUGAUGGCCAUGAGAUUGUAGAACUGUGGACCAAGAGAAAUUUUAGAUGUGAUUGUGGAAAUUCAAAAUUUGGAGAAUUCUUCUGCAAGCUUUUUCCAAAUAAAGACGUGGAAAAUGUUGAGAAUUCGUACAACCAUAAUUUCAAGGGUUUAUACUGCACCUGCGGUCGCCCCUAUCCUGAUCCAGAUGUUGAAGACCAAGUAGAGAUGAUACAGUGCUGUGUGUGUGAGGACUGGUUCCAUGAGGAACAUAUCGGCCUUGACUCUUCUGAUGAGAUUCCAAGAGACGAGGAAGGUGAACCUCUAUAUGAGGAUUUUAUAUGUAAGGGAUGCUCAGUAAUUUGCUCUUUUUUAAGGCUAUAUAGUCAAACCAUCUUGGCGGCAGGAAGCCAAAAAGAUUCUUCCAUUAAUACUGGCAAGGAUAAAGAAGUUUUGGAAGACGUGACUUUAGCUUGUGGAUCUGGAAAGCUGGAGAAUAAUAUUUCUCAUAGUUCUAAUAUUUCUGAACCUGUGUCUGGUGGGGAGGGUUUGCUCCUUGGAGAAAAUUCUGGGAAAAAUAUAGGUUCUGAUCAAUGCACGACAGAUGACAAUUCACAAGUUACUUGUGUUCUUGGAGUUAAUCUGGUGGAUGCUUCCCCUGUUUUGGAAUGUAAGCCAUUGUUUCUAUCAAAAAACUGGAGGGAUGCACUCUGCAGGUGUGAAAAGUGCAGUGAAUUUUAUGAACAGAAGCAUAUCAGGUUUUUACUUGACAAGGAAGACACGAUUAUGGAGUAUGAGAAAAUGGCAAAGCAGAAGAGAGAAGAAAAAUUGCAGCAACAGGAGGGGGCUGAGUUGACUAUGCUCGAUAAACUUGGCCAUGUGGAGAAAAUAGAGAUUCUGAAUGGCAUUGCAGACAUGAAAGAUGAGCUUCGUUCUUUCCUGGAAUCAUUUGAUACAUCAAAGGCCAUCACGUCUGAUGAUGUCCACCAGGUUUUUGAGAAUCUAGCUAAGAAGCGCAGGCGUGUAGAGGUAUGCAUUUGUACAUGCUUUCAAAACGUUAUGAUGACGUAAGAAAAAGGAACAGUUCGGAUUAUGAGAUGACAUUGUGGAGCGGGUUCAAACGAGUGGUUAGCGUUUGAGCUCUCGUAUACAAACAAUAAACUCAAAUCUGCUGUGAGACUAGAUGUUGAUUUGUUCCAUGGGCUUAAUAAUUUAAAGCUUGUUUGGCACUUAAAUAUUGGGUGGGGCUGAGUAAAUCUUGGGGCCGUGAUUUUCUGAUUCACAAAUAAAUAUCCCCUUAUGAAA